AUGGGGAGGGAGGAAGAGGCGGAGGAGGAGGAGGAGAGGAGAAGGUAAAAGAUCGCGAUAGGGAAGGAGGUGUAGGAGGAGAGAGAAGAUGGCGAUGGGGAAGGAGGAAGAGGAGGAGGAGGAGGAGGAGAGGACGAGGAAAAAGAUCGCGAUGGGGAAAGAGGAAGAGGAGGAGGAAAAAGAUCGUGAUGGGGAAGGAGGAAGAGGAGAGGGAAAAAGAUCGCGUUGGGGAAGGAGAUGUAGGAGGAGGAAGAAUAUGGCGAUGGGGAAGGAGGAAGAGGAGGAGGACGAGGAGGAGAGGAGGAGGAAAAAGAUCGCGAUGGGGAAGGAGGUGUUGGAGGAGGAAGAAGAUGGCAAUGGGGAAGGAGGAAGAGGAGGAGGUGGAGGAGGAGGAGGAGGAGGAAAAAAAUCGCGAUGGGGAAGGAGGUGUAGGAGGAGGAAGAAUAUAGUGAUCGGGAACGAGGAAGAGGAGGAGGAGGAGGAGGAGGAGAGGAGGAAAUAUGGCGAUGGGGAACGAGGAAGAGGAGGAGAAGAAGGAGGAGAGGAGUUAAAUGAUUGUGAUAGGGAAGGAGGUGUAGGAGGAGGAAGAAGCUGGCCAUGGGGAAGGAGGAAGAGGAGGAGGAGGAGGAGGAGAGGAGGAGGAGAGGAGGAGGAAGAGGAGGAGGAGAGGAGGAGGAAGAAGAUGGCAAUGAGGAAGGAGGAAGAGGAGGAGGAGGAGAGGAAGAGGAAAAAGUUUGCGAUGGAAAAUGUGGAGGAGGAGGAGGAAGAUAAUGGUGAAGGGGAAGGAGGAGGAGGAGGUGGAGGAGGAGUAGGAGUGGGAGGAGACUGUACCUCUGUUGGCUAGAGAGAUGAUGGCGCCUUCGGUACGAGGUUGCUGCAAUGGCGGCGCCCGUUUCCGGUAAAGCAGAUAGCAGC